AAACUGCAGUUCCCCUUUGGGAGGAUUAUGAUUUAUUCCUCAUCUAAACGGGAAGAUACAAACAUCCCAUCAGUCGGCAUCCCAUUGAGAGCAGACAUUGUACAGAAGAUACAAACAUCCCAUCAGUCGGCAUCCCAUUGAGAGCAGACAUUGUACACUGACUCCCUGUCAUUCAGGCGCGGUGCUGCUCGCUGAUUGGUCCUCCUCAUCGGGGUGGGCGGUGCCUUAGCGGCACAUGGAGCCGCUGUGGGGGUCUCCUCAGUCUCCUCCAUCCUCCACGCAGGACGAACCUUUUCCGAGUCCACGCUCUCACCUUUUAGUGCAGAAAACACACUUUUCACGCUGAAAAUAUCCGUCAGGAUGGACUUUGAGGAUUUAUGACUUUAAUGAGAGACUAAAUCGUCACUUUUGAUUGUUUUUUUUUUUUGCUUUUCUGUUGUUUUUGAUGGCAAAAUGUCCCCGGAAGCUUCUCUCGUCCUCUUCCUGCUCGUCCUCUUCCUGCUCCUCCUCGGCCCGGUCUCGGCUCGCCGUGGAUGCGUGUCCUUCGGACGGAUUCGGGAGAACUCCCCCGCCGGGACUCCGGUGGCUGGGGUGGCGGUGCAAGUCCUAGCCGGUGUCUGCCCCGGUGAGGACCUGCUCAAAGCCGACCUCACGGGGAACUACGCGGACGACUUCCGUCUCGUCCCGGUACACCCGGACCACCUGGUUCUGGUCUCGUCCAAAUCCCUAGACCGGGAGUUCAUCGCCAUGUACGAGCUGAAAGUGGACCUGCACCCUCGGUGUCUCCGGGGUCCGGUCCAGGUGCAGGUGGAGGUGUUGGAUGCGAACGACAACACGCCUCGCUUCCACGGAGGGAACCAGACCGUGGAGGUGGACGAGCUGACCCUGCUCGGUACCGAGCUGGCCCACUUCCACGCCAAGGACGGGGACGCGGGUGCGAACGGACGCGUGACUUUCUACACCCAGCCCGAGUCUCACCUGCUCCACGUGGACCCCGCUAGCGGCCAGGUGAGGCUGGUGGGCUCGCUGAGGGGCUCCCGCGCGGUGUCAGCCCAGGUCUACGCCAGGGACGGCGGCCGCGAGCCGCUGGUCGGUGGUCCGGUCUUCCUGCGCGUGUUGGUCCGCCGCCGAACCAAGCGAGCCCUGUCCGAGGAGGUGGCCUACAGCGUCGACGUCCCCGACCAGGCCAGGACCGGAGACCUGGUCUUCACAGUCCCGGACCAGAGGUUCGAGCAGCGCUGGUUCGAGGUGAUAUCCGAGCAGGACUCGCCGGUCCAGAUCGAGAGGGACUCGGGUCGAGUCUACCUGGCCAGCAGCCUGCAGGAGCCCGCAGAGGUUCUGGUCAAAGUCCAAAGACACCGAGGUGAGGAGUGGUACCUGUGCAGGUUGACUCUGACCACGCUCAGUCAGGCCGACCUGCAGUGGACCAUGUUCCCCCGCCCCUACCUGGCCGCCGUGGGUCCUGACGCCGCACCCGGGUCUGUAGCGUACUCCCUGUCGGCACGGCAACGUGACGGAAGCCUUGGACAGCCCCAGUUCCUUUUACUGGACGGCGGGGAGGACUGCUUCGAGGUCCACCGUAGUUCUGGCGACAUCAGGACCACGGGGCGACCUCUGACCCCCAACAAGGAGUACCAGCUGCGAGUGCAGGCGAUGGACGCUGACGGCCGCAAAGGACCCCCGGCCGCGGUGUCCAUCCUGGCUGGCUACCGGCCGCCGCAGUUCACCAACGCCUCGUACAGCCUGAACGUGGCAGAGAACACGGCUGUCGGCCAACCCGUGGGAGCGGUCCAGGCCGUCUCCUUCCAGAAGAAGACCCUGGCCUACGUGUUGCAGGUGAAUCCCGGCAACCUGUUCAGCAUCAACCAGGAGAGCGGCGCGCUCGGCCUCACGCGCGGCGUGGACUACGAGAGCGGACACAACGUGCACACUCUUCAGGUCCGAGCCUCCGAACCCGACACCGGCCUCAGCGGACUGACGGAGGUUGUUGUCUACAUAACAGAUGAGAACGACUGCACUCCUGAGUUCCUCCACUCCAUCUACACUCGAGACAACAUUCCUGAGAACGUCGCACCCGGAACGUCGCUGCUGCAAGUGUUGGCGCGGGACUGCGACUCGGGCGUGAACUCGGAGCUCUCCUACUUGGUGCACAGCGGCGACUUUGACAUCACCGCAGGGGGCGUGGUCAGCCCCGCCCGCCGCCUGGACUACGAGCGGCCCAAUCACGUCUACGAGUUCUCGGUGGUCGCCGUGGACGCGGGGACUCCGCCCCGCACGGGCUCCGCCUCCGUGCGCGUCCGAGUGGCCAACAGCAACGACGAGUCGCCCGUCUUCUCGCAGAGCGUCUACAAGACCUUCCUCAGCGAGGAUGCCGGGCCCGACACGCUGGUCGCCAUCGUCCACGCCAACGACCCCGACGGGGACGCCGUGUCGUACGCCAUCACCGGCGGCAACGAGGACAGCAACUUCCUGCUGGACAACCAGAAAGGCAUCAUUAAACUACGUCGGAGUCCUCCUCCCAGACUGAGAGGUCCUCAGUAUGUCCUUACCAUCACAGCCACCGACGAUAACGCAUCCGGCGGUCCGUACCCGCUCAGCAGCUCGGCCCAGGUCAUCGUGGGGAUCAACGACAUCAACAACAACAAGCCCGUCUUCCAGGAGUGUCAGAACUACAGUCUGAACGCAGCAGUCCUAGAGAACCAGCCCCCUGGGACGUUUGUGCUGAAGGUCCAGGCCCACGAUGCCGACAUGGGGGUGAACGGAGAGGUCAAAUAUGGCAUCAUGCACAGAGACGCCGUCUCCGUUGGUUUUGACAUCGACGCCGACACAGGCGUCAUCACGUCAACGGUGAGCUUCGAUCGAGAGCGGCAGAGAGAGUUCACGCUGUCCGUGACGGCCACGGACCAAGCCGAGGAGCCGCUCAUUGGCAUCUGUCAGAUUACUGUCCUCAUCGCCGACCAGAACGACAACGACCCCAAGUUUGAGAACAGCCGCUACCAGUACUUCCUGCGAGAGGACACCCCGGUGGGGACCAGUUUCCUGCGGGCGGCGGCGCACGACGACGACCAGGGCAGCAACGCGGCCAUCGUCUACUCGCUGUCCAAGCAGACGCCCUCUUACCUGCACAUCAACCCCAGCACGGGAUGGAUCUACGUCAACCAGCCCAUCUCACAGACGUCCAAAAUCAACCAGCAAAUCGUGGCGUCAGACGGCGGCGACCGCAGCGCCUCGGUGGAGCUGAGCGUCAUCAUCACCAACGUCCACAACCAGCCCCCCCACUGGCAGCGGCCCGAGUACUGGGUCACCGUGCCGGAGAACACCGCCAGAGACGCCAAAAUUGUGACCGUCAAGGCCACGUCCCCGCUGGGCGACCCGAGGGUCACCUACAACCUGGAGGAGGGCCAGGUGCCCGAGACCAACAUGCCGGUGCGCUUUUACAUCAAACCCAACCGGGCGGGUGGUUCGGCGUCCAUCCUGGUGGCCGAGAACCUCGACUACGAGACCACGCGCUUCUUCGCCCUGAGGGUCCGGGUGCAGAACGUGGCCGCCGUGCCACUGGCCUCCUUCACCACGGUCUACGUCAACGUGACAGACGUGAACGACAACGUUCCUUUCUUCCUCUCGUCCACUUACGAGGCCACCGUUCCUGAGGGCGCGGAGGUCGGCACGUCGGUGGCUCAGGUGUCGGCCAUCGACCUGGACUCGGGCCUGCACGGCAUGGUCCGCUACACCAUCCUGAAGGACGAGAGCGGCGACUCGCAGCUCUUCAGCAUCGACCGACGCAGCGGCGCCAUCACCACCCGGGCCUCCUUCGACCGCGAGCAGAAAGCCUCCUACCUGAUCGAGGUGCAGUCGCAGGACGGCUCCGAGUCGGCAAGACCGGGCCAGCAGGACCAGCCCAACACUGACACGGCGUACGUCAGGAUCUUCGUCACCGACGUCAACGACAACGCUCCGACGUUUGCCCGCCCGGUGUACGAGGUGAGCGUGGAGGAGGACAAGGAGGUGGGCUACCUGCUCAUCACCGUCACCGCCAACGAUGAAGACGAAGGUGCCAACGCCAAGCUGCGCUACCAGAUCGCCGCGGGAAACACCAUGGGCACCUUCGACGUGGAACCUGAGGUGGGUACCAUCUUUGUGGCGCAGCCGCUGGACUACGAGAUGGAGCGGCGCUACGAGCUGCGGCUGGUCGCCUCCGACGGCAAGUGGGAGAACGAGACGCUGGUGGUGGUGCAGGUGGUCAACCGGAACGACGAGGCGCCCGUCUUCAGCCAGACGGAAUACCACGCCGUCGUCACGGAGGAGCUGACGGAACUUCCUGUUUUCAUCAUGGAGGUUUCAGCCACCGAUCCGGACCAAGACGCGGAUCAGACCGCCCUCCGCUACUCCCUUCACGGACAAGGUGCCGGAGGCGAGUUCACCAUCGACGAACGCACCGGGAGAAUUUACGCCCAGCGCCGCUUAGAUCGGGAAGAGCGUCCAGCCUGGAGAUUCCUCGUACUGGCAACAGACGAGGGAGGAACCGGGCUCACGGGAUUCGCUGACGUUCUGCUGGAGGUCCGCGAUGUCAACGACAACGCGCCUUUCUUCCCGUGCCCGGCGCUGGAAGUCGAUGGCUGUUUUGUCGGCCAGGUGGCAGAGAAUUCCCCUGCCGACACCUCCGUCAUGGAGAUGAGAGCCAUGGACCUGGACGACCACAAUGAGGGCAAGAACGCGAUGCUGACCUACAGCAUCAUCAAGAACGUUCGCAACGAGAUCAACCUCAACCUGUUCUCCAUCAACGCCAAAACAGGAACCAUCUACACGGUUCUACGCUCCCUGGACCGCGAGGUAGAGGAACGCUACCUGGUGGUGGUGGAGGCCAGAGAUGGAGGCGGUUUGGCAGGGACGGGGACAGCCACCAUCUUGGUUUCGGACGUCAAUGACCACCCACCCGUUUUCUCUCAAAGGGUCUACACCACUCAGGUCGCCGAGGACCUGGAAGUCAACAGCGAGGUUCUUGUCGUGUCUGCCACAGACGGAGACCGGGACGAAAACGCUGUUGUGACCUUCAGCAUCGUCGGGGGUGACGAAGACAGGAAGUUCUUUAUGGAGACGGACAAGGCGAACCGUCGCGGCGUGAUCAAGCUGAAGAAGAAGGUGGACUUUGAGAAGCCCCAGGAGAGGACUUUCAACCUGACUCUGAAAGCUGAAGACGCCGACUUCUUCAGCCUGGCCAACUGCCUCGUUCAGGUCCAAGACGCCAACGACCACGCCCCGGUCUUCUUCCCCCAGUUCUACGAGUCGCCGGCCAUGUCCGAGGACGUUCCUGUAGGGACAAUCGUCGCUCAGGUGUCGGCGACGGAUCUGGACUCGGAACAAAACGGCCGCUUUUCUUACAGUAUUGCCGGCGAGUCGGACCCCUACAGUCAGUUCCUGGUGGACCAGUCGGGUUGGGUGGUGGUGGCUCAUCCUUUGGACAGGGAGAGGAUCUCGCAGCACAGGAUCAUGGUCCUCGCCACGGACGCAGGCAGCCCGACUCUGACCGGCACUGCCAUCGUCAUGGUAACAGUGCUGGACAUCAAUGACAACGGGCCAGAGUUCGAGGCCCCCUACAGGCCAGUCGUCUGGGAGAACACGGCGGCCCCCCGGGCGGUGCGCAUGAACGACACCUCCGAUCUACUCUACGCCACCGACCGCGACACCUCCUCCAACGGCGGACCCUUCUCCAUACGGCUCCUCAUGCUCACCUCGGACGCCACCAGCUUUAACCUGACCGACUUCCGCAACGGCAGCGCGGCCGUCACGGCUCUGCGCACGUUCGACCGCGAGCGCCAGAAGGAGUACCGCCUCCCCAUUCUCAUGAUCGACAGCGGCUCGCCUGCCAUGAGCUCGACCGGUACGCUGACGGUAAUCAUCGGCGACAGGAACGACCACCCGCACUCGCCGGGACACACCAACUUCAUCGUUUACAGCUACGAAGGUGUCCUCCCGAUGACAGUUCUGGGCCAAGUCCAGUCCCCAGACCUCGAUGACUGGAGCGAGAAGUCGUACCGAUUUGAAGGCAAACCAUCGAGGUUGUUCGGUCUCAACCAGAGCUCCGGUCAGCUGAGCAUCAGGGAGGGGGCGCCGCCGGGCUCGUACCGCCUCCAGGUGCGCGUGUCCGACCCCGCCUGGCCGGACGUCACAUCCACGGCGCAGGUGGACGUGGUGGAGCUGCCGCAGGACGCUUUGGACAACGCUGCCUCCGUCCGCCUCCGCAACGUGACGCUGGAGGACUUCUUCGCCGCUCCAGGAGGGGAGGAGAGUCGCUUCUCACGUCUGGGUCGGACGCUGGCGGGCCUCCUGGGGACGGCGGCGGAGAACGUGCACGUCUUCUCCGCCCGUGAGCGGGGACGGGAGCUGAGCGUGUGGUUCGCCGCCCACGGCUCGCCGUACCACAAGGCCGAGAAGCUGCACGGCUACGUGGCGGCCAACAAAGCCCAGCUGGAAGCCAUAUUGGGCGUGUCCAUCUCCCAGGUGGGCGUUGACGACUGUCCCCACACGGACUGCGGCCACGCCGGCGGCUGCACCACCGAAGUGUCGUUCGGUCAGACCCCGGCGCCUCUCAGCUCGGGUAACGUCUCUCUGGUUUCCCUGCCGGCCAGAACGUUGGCGCGUUGCGGCUGUCGGGGUCGAGAGGCGACCCACCUGCCUUGCUCCGCCUACUCGACCAACCCCUGCCUCAACGGCGGCACGUGCCAGGAUGGACCACUCGGAUACAGCUGUAAGUGUCCGCCGAUGUUCAACGGGCCCGAGUGCCAGCAGACCAAACACAGCUUUGGUGGGCGGGGCUAUGCGUGGUUCCCUCCCGUCAGGCCGUGCUUCCAGAGCCACAUCUCUUUGGAGUUCCUCACAGAGUCACCCGACGGGCUGCUUCUUUACGACGGGCCACUCGGCACCGCUCAGCCCGGCGAGCCCAACGACUUCCUUUCCGUCGAGUUGAAGAACGGCAUUCCGGUACUGAACGUGAACCACGGCUCUGGGACGUUGACCCUGCAGCUGCCGCCUGCGUCCAACGUUGCCGACCGCCGCUGGCAUCGCCUCGACAUCACUAGCGAUGGGAAGGCUGUGCAGCUGGUCCUGGACCAGUGUUUGGGGGCGCCAGUGAGCGAGCUGGAGGGACUCAGCGGAGAUCUCCACGAGCCAAACGAGUCCAGCUGCAGAGUUGCAGGAGAGACGCCCGGCAACGAGAGGUAUCUAAACGUGUAUCAGCCUCUUCAGCUGGGCGGCGUAAAGGAGGCGUCUACUCGCCGGCGUUACCAGAGCUUCUCAGGCUGCAUCCGCGACCUGGCGGUGGACAGCGAGGUGUACGACCUGGCGUCGCCCGGCGAGAGCGUGGACAGCAGCCCCGGGUGCAAGGUGACCGACGGCGUGUGCGUGACGGCGGGCGGGCCCUCCUGCGGCGCCCACGCUUCCUGCCUUGCCGACUGGGGCGCCUUCAGCUGCGAGUGUCACCCUGGGUACAGCGGACACAAGUGUGACUCAGUACUUCCAGAAUUCUCUUUGGACUCAAACAGCGCGCUGAGGUUCCACCUUCGAGGAGGCAGCAACAGCCGCCGCACCAACAUCCAGAUGCUCCUGCGCACGAGGGCCACCUCGGGCACCCUGCUCUCCGUGACGUCCCGGGAGGCCAACAAGUACAUCGUGCUGGAGAUCGCAGAGGGCCAUCUGGCGGUUCGGGCCAACCUCGGCGACGGUGCCCACGCCGCGAGACUCCCGAGCCAGCGUGUGGACAUCGGCCAGUGGGUCCUCGUCAGCCUCAGUCGCCACGACAACCUCUUCACCCUGCAACUGGAGCAGGGCGGAGGCGCGCGGGAGGUCCAUGCCCGCCUGGGGGGUCGCAGGGAGCUGGUGGUGGACCCGGCCAGCAUCACGGUGGGCAACGGACCCGACGGCCGGGACGAGGCCGACUUUCAGGGUUGCAUGCGGGACGUUCGCUUCAACGGGCGCCCGCUCCCUCUGGACGGGAAGAGCAGCGACCUCGUGACCGUACUGGAGAGGCGGGGCGUCACGUUUGGCUGCUUUACCGACGCCUGCCGAGCGCAACCCUGCCGGAGUCCGCUGCGAUGUGUCGACCUGUGGAGGAAACACCAGUGCAGGUGUCCCGGGGGUCAGGUGACUGUGACGGAGGAGUCGGGCGAGCAGCGCUGUGUGCCGUCGCCCUGUGGCCCCGCCUCCUGCCGCAACGGCGCCGUUUGCCAGGCGCUUUCACCGGAGAGCUACCGGUGCCGCUGCCUGGAGGGCUUCAGGGGUCAGCGCUGCGAGCUGGGCCAGGUCAGGGGUCACCGCCUGGCCUCCCUCAGCCCCAGCUCCAUCUUGGCCAUCAGCAUGUGUCUGCUCGUCUUCUUCGCCGUGCUGGUGGCGGUGACGGUGUGGAACCAGAAAGGCAGCCGUAACAAGUUCCGCAAGCGAGGCGUUUACCACAUCCCGGCCGAACACGAGAGCUGGGAGGACAUCCGAGAGAACAUCCUCAACUACAAUGAGGAGGGCGGCGGCGAGCAGGACCAGAACGUCUACGACAUCACGGAGCUGAAGCGCCCGCUGUGCUCCAGCCUGUCGCAGUCGUCGUCGUGCACCACGGCGCCGCUCAUCAAGUCCUCGCCGGGCUCGCAGGAGGAGGUGCGCCCGUCCAGCUCGUCCUGCAGCUCCGGCGCCCCCUACCUCAGCAUCCCGCACCAUCACCAUCACUAUCACCACUAUCACCACGCGCACCAGCAGCAGCACGGCGGCAGGGAGGCGGAGUCUAACGAGCCCACGCCACGCUCCCACGUGGACUUUAAGAGCUACGUGGCGCACAUCCUCUGGGAGGCAGACAACGACGGCGACGCCCUCCCGCCGGACGCCUUCCGCGUGUGGUGCGUGGAAGGCUCGGGGACGCCGGCGGGAAGCCUCAGCUCGCUGGGCGGCGGCGACGAGGACGACGACGAGGAAGGGGGGGCGGCGGCGCACGAGCGGCUGUCACGCUGGGGGCCCAAGUUCAAGACGCUGAGCGAGAUGUACGACCGCCCCCAGCUGGCGCUCACGCACGGCGAGGCGCUGGCCUACAUGCACACCGGCGCCCAUCGUCAGCACCACUAGGGGGCGCUAAAGACGAGCGUUGACGCCAGCAAGAGACAAACUUUGCUGGAACCUUCUGAAAGGUUUCUUCUCAGCUGCCUUAAUGUACUUUCAAGCGUUGACGCUGUUUUUCCGCCGACCACACGAUGGCGCCACCUGCACACUAUGGAGGUUCAUUUGUCUUUACUAUGAAACCUUUUUUUGACAUUCACAAAAUUUUUUGUGUGAAUUUUGUGAACUAAAUUUAUUUACAUCAAAUUAUAAUUAUAAAUUAGUUAAACAUAAAUUUUAUACAUUUUAAAAAAAUACAUAAAUUAUAUAGCAUAAAUACAUUUUAAUAAUUAAUUAAUUACGAAUUAAUUAUGAUUUUUUUUUUUUGCAAAAUGCGUGUAUUUAAAAAGUCAGCUUAUUAAAAUGCAGUGUUUUAAAAUUGAUUGUGUCAAAAUUCAGUGUAAAAGAAUUCAGUGCAAAAUAAUUUCAGUGCAAAAAUUGGAAUUAAUUAAUUAAAAAUUAAUUAUGAUUUUUUUUUUUAGCAAAAUAGUCAGCUUAUUAAAAUACUGUGUUUUAAAAUUAACUGUGUAAAGAUUCAGUGCAAAAAAAAUCCAGCCUAUAAAAAAUCAGUGCAAAAAUUCGAAUUAAUUAAUAAAAAAUGUAUUAUGAAUUUUUGAGCAAAAUGGGUGUGUUUAAAAAUGCAGCUUAUUAACUAAUUAAUUGUUUAAAAAUUCAAUGUAAAAGAAUUCAGUGGGGAAAAAAAUCCAGCCUAUAAAAAUUCUGUGCAAAAAUUGGAAUUCAUUAAAAAUUGUUUUUUUUAGCAAAAGGAGUAAAAAAUUCAGUUUAUUAAAAUACGGUGUUUUAAAAUUAAUUGUGUAAAGAUUCAGUGUAAAAGAAUUCAGCGCAAAAAAUCCAGCCUAUAAAAAAUCAAUGCAAAAAUUCGAAUUAAUUAAUAAAAUAUAAAUUAUGAUUUUUUUAACAAAAUGGGUGUGUUUAAAAAUGCAGCUUAUUAACAUACAGUGUUUUCAAAUUAAUAAAAAAUGUAUUAUGAAUUUUUGAGCAAAAUGGGUGUGUUCAAAAAUGCAGCUUAUUAAUACAGUGUUUUAAAAUUAAUUGUGUAAAAAUUCAGUGUAAAAGAAUCCAGCCUAUAAAAAUUCUGUGCAAAAAUUGGAAUUGAUAAAAAAUUAAUUGUUUUUUUUAGCAAAAGGAAUGUAUUUAAAAAUUCAGUUUAAUAAAAUACGGUGUUUUAAAAUUAAUUGUGUAAAGAUUCAGUGUAAAAGAAUCUAGCGCAAAAAAAUCCAGCCUAUAAAACUUCAGUGCAAAAAUUGGAAUUAAUUAAUGAAAACUUAGUUAUGAUUUUUUUUUAGCAAAAUGGGUGUAUUUAAAAAAUCAGUUUAUUAAAAUACAGUGUUUUAGAAUUAAUUUUGUAAGAAUUCAGUGCAAAAAAAAUCCAGCCUAUAAAAUCUUUGUGCAAAAAUUGGAAUUAAUUAAUUAAAAAUUAAUGAUGACUUUUUGAGCAAAAUGGGUGUAUUUAAAAAAUCAGUUUUUGUGUGAGUGUUUUAAAAUUAAUUGUGUAAAAAUCCAGUGUAAAACAAUUCAGUGCAAAAAAAAAAUCCAGCCUAUAAAAAUGAUGUGCAAAAAUUGGAAUUAAUUAAUUUAAAAAUAAUUGUGAUUUUUUUUUUUUUUCUUGCAAAAUGGGGGUAUUUAAAUAUUCAUCUUAUUAAAAUACAGUGUUUUAAAAUUAAUUGUGUCAAAACUCAGUGCAAAAGAAUUCAGUGCAAAAACUGUUUCAAAACUCAAGACUCCUUUCUGGUAAAUUAAGACUAAAGCAAUCGAUCCAGUCUCAGAACCAGCCAGUGAGGUGCUUCAGUCUUAAAAUACCGGAUGUGGUUCUUGAGUUUUAAAUCAACAAAUAUUUAUGCAAUAUUUUAUCUGAUUUUUUUAUCCACUCAUUUUUUUGCAUUAAAUUUUUAUACACACAUUUUUUACACUAAAUUUGUUUUCAAUAAAAUUGUCAGCAUAAUUUGAUGUAAAAAACAAAUCUGUUCACAAAAUUCAAAUGACACAAUGAAAAAGUUUUCAUAAUAAAAACACAAACUGACCUCAGAAAGAUGUUUGGAAUAUUCCUCUAGAACAUUUUCAUUGAUCAAAACAAAAAAAUAAGAGAAAAAUGAUCAAUGCAAAUCCUAAAUCCAUGGAGGUGUGCGUUGAGAUUCUCUCCUGGGGGAUCUCUUCUGCCAGACCUGGACCAGGGCAUCACUUCAGUCCUGGACAGUCCAAGGAGACUCCACCUCCUAAAGUCCUUCAUUAGGAUCCCGGUCUUGUGGGCGGACCAGCCAGUCCACUGGUGUCUCUAUCAUGCAGGAACUGCUGACGCCAGAGGAAGCUUUGUCACGUGUCACAAGGAACACAACAGCGGAACGUGUGAGCGCACCUGGUCUGGUCCAAAGUGGUCAUGGAGGACAGAAGGUUCUUUCCCGAUCAUGAGCACAAACGUUAGUCAGGCCCUCGGACCUCCAUCGUGGACGCUUUCUUUGAGCGCCAUCCUGAACUGUAGAAAAAAGUGACUCCACUGUAAAAAAAAAUUGGAAUCAAUUAUGAAUUUUUGAGCAAAAUGGGUGUUUUUAAAAAUUCAGCUUAUUAGAAAAGAGUGUUUUAAAAUGUAUUAUGUAAAAAUUCAAUGUAUAAUAAUUCAGUGCAAAAAAAAUGCAGCCUAUAAAACUUCAGUGCAAAAAUUGGAAUGAAUUAAUUAUGAAUUUCUGAGCAAAAAGGGUGUUAAAAUUUCAGCGUAUUAACAUACAGUGUUUUAGAAUUAAUUGGGCCUAUUUAAAUUUGCCUAUAAAAAUUCAGUGCAAAAAUUGGAAUUAUUGAAUAAAAAAUGUAUUAUUAAUUUUUGAGCAAAAUGGGUUUAUUUAAAAAUUAAGUUUAUUAGAAUACAGUGUUUUAAAAUUAAUUGUGUAAAGAUUCAGUGUAAAAGAAUUCAGUGCAAAAAAAUCCAGCCAUAAAACUUUAGUGCAAAAAUUGGAAUUCAUUAAUUAUGAAUUUUUGAGCAAAAUGGGUAUUUUUUAAAAUUCAGCUUAUUAAAAAAACAGUGUUUUAUAAUUAAUUGUGUAAAAACUCAGUGUAAAAUAAUUCAGUGCAAAAAUAUAAAACUUCAGUGCAAAAAUUUGAAUUAAUUAUGAAUUUUUGAGCAAAAAGGGUGUUUAAAAUUUCAGCGUAUUAACAUACAGUGUUUUAAAAUUAAUUGUGUAAAAAUCCAGCCUAUAAGAAUUCAGUGCAAAAAUUGGAAUUAAUUAAUACAAAAUGUAUUAUUAAUUUUCAAGCAAAAUGUGUGUAUUUGAAAAAUCAGUUUAUUAAAAUACAGUGUUUUAAAAUUAAUUGUGUAAAGAUUCAGUGUAAAAGAAUUCAGUGCCAAAAAAUCCAACCAUAAAACUUUAGUGCAAAAAUUGGAAUUCAUUAAUUGUGAAUUUUUGAGCAAAAUGGGUGUUUUUAAAAAUUCGGCUUAUUAAAAAACAGUGUUUUAAAAUAAUUGUGUAAAAAUUCAGUGUAAAAUAAUUCAGUGCAAAAAAAAAUGCAGCCUAUAAAACUUCAGUGCAAAAAUUGAAAUGAAUUAAUUAUGAAUUUUUGAGCUAAAAGGGUGUUUAAAAUGUCUUAAAAUUAAUUGUACACUGUAAAAAUAUAUAUAUAUACAAAAUUGUAUAGCAGCUAAUUAUGUAAAUGUAUUAAUAAUCACCUCCAUAACAAAAAACCAUCUCAUUGUAUCAAAAGCGGGCGUGUCCAAAGUGUGACCCGGGGGCCAAUUUUCUCUUUUAAAUUUGUAUUAAUCACGUAUUAUUUACUAUUAUAAAUUCAAUUAACUUAAAAAAUUACAUGCAAUUAUAUUGCUCGAAUAAAUUACAAAGCAAAAUAAAUUCAACCGGCGGCUAGAGUGGAUAGUGCGCAUCCCCUAAAUUAUCACGUUUCAUGUGUCGGGUGAACCGUGACGAAUGGUGGCCGUCUUACUGUGGUCUCCCCAACCAUACAAAAGCAUCCUUCAAUUCUCGGCGGACAAAAAAAAAAGUUUGGACACCCUUGCUCGAAAGCAACAUUAUCACUGGAGCGCGACGCUAAACAUGUUACACAACAUUUCAGUGGCGCCGUUUCGACAUACAGCUACAAAAUUAUCCAUCCAUCCAUCUAAUUGUCCUCCGCUUAUCCAAGGUCAGGUGGCGGGGGCAGCAGCCUAAGCAGAGAAGCUACGAAGGUAAAACAACGAAAAAAACAAAAUAUGAGCAAUAAAUAAUACAUAUUUGUUAAUUGUAUUAUAUUUUCUUUGUUUUUGUUCAUGUUUACAAACUCGGGGAAUCAUUUCCCUGGACACGGACGGACUGUGAGGGCAAAAAGCAAAGUAUUUAAAAGAAUAGAAGAUAGUAGUUUUUGAUGUAUUUUACAAUUGUGUGUGAGAAAAGAAAAUUUGGAUGUAGUUGAAAUAUUGUUACACUGUCAAUAACUAAAAUACAUAGAAAAUGUUAUAGUGGAUACAGGGGAUCGGUAUCUGUAUCGGCCAAUCUCACUCAUGGAUAAUAAAAGCAUUCAUUAAAAAAUAUCCAUAAAAAUAACAUGGGGACUAUUUUCAAUUUACAGUAAAAAACAAAAACUAUUGUGACGACUGAGCUGCCAGUUUUUUACUGUAAAAUCAAAUUUUUAUUUUUUUUUUACAGUCGAGUCACUUUUCCGUCCCGGCACAAAGCAGCAGGUGGUGUUCCUGCUGCCAGGUAGUUGUCCUCACAAGCCCCGCCCCCUUUCACGUCUCCCCCCCCCCCCAAGCCUGUCUCCUGAUUUCUCCUCCGCAUGAAACCUUCUUGCCACAGCACACGCUGCCGCCGCUGCUACUACCUCCCAAAACGCUGAGUCGGCAGGAAUCCCCCAAGACCAGAUCAGAGUGUUGCUCCCUGACCUAACUUGGACUUCCUUUGGAAUCCCAAACCUGGACUUUGUUGCUCCCCCGGCAGGUUACUUUACUCCGAGCUAUGCAGCGUGUUUUGUCUUGGACUCCUUUUUGGCUUCUUUGUUCACUUUAAAAGUCACGUGAUAGCGUGUAAAUAAGAACAUUUUAUAACGACCUGACACAGAAAAUUCCUUUUGUAUAUGAAUUUCAAUAAAAAUGAC